UCUAAAACCGUGGCACUGUGGCAGAUGCACCGGAGUGGUCAGUGGUGCAUAACUACUAACUAAUAUUAAUUAGACGUAUUUAGCUACAAAAUAUAAAUUAUAAUUAUAAGAUUGCUAGAAAUAUUUUAUUAUAAAUAUAAAAGUUCAGUGACAACUUACAAUCGGUUUUAGUCUACGGACCAUUGUAGUAUUAUAUAAUAUAGUACCAUAGAACAUAUAUUAUUAUGUUCUAUUGUUCUUUGGCAUUACAAAGUCGAAACUCGAAGUACGAGAAAUAAAAAUUUCUAUUUUGAUUCUAAAAAUUAUCUCACAUAAAAUAUAUAGAGGUACCUUCUAUCAACAUGAGUAUUUUCAAUUGGAUUAAUAAAAUAUUUAACAUUGAUACAAAACCCAAUUCAGAUCUUCCUUCACAAUUUCAACUACCUAUCGAAAGUGCUGAAAAUAUUAAUGCCGAAAUACAUAAUUUAGAAUUUGAUGAUUUUUCUGAUUCAUUCAAUAGAAGAAACCAAUUUGAAAAUGAUAGGAAUAUGUUUAAUCUUGAAGAUAUCUUUAGACUGAUGGAAUUAGAAUUUCAAAAUGUACAAAAUCAUAUUAAAGGAUCAGAUAUUUCUACAAUUCCAAUUAGUCAAUCAACAAACAAAGAAGACUUAACUGGUAUACCAAAAAAAAAUUUUAUAGCACAAAGUACCUUCCUUAAUCCUAGUCCAGCUUCAAGGCCUUUGAACAAACCAUCAAUGAACAUAACAAUAAAGAAUUCAGGAUCACAAUAUUUUGAAAAGUACGGCUGGUCGUCUUCGAGGUCGUCUUAUGUAUCUAAAAACUGGAAUGGCAGAAUAAUUGAAAAAGAAACAUGCACCAAUCAAUUAAAAGAUGGAAUUACUGAAACAGUUAUUACUAUGAAAGAUGGAAACAAAAAAUGCGUAGAAACAAUAACAGAAAAUUCAAAAACUGGAGAAAAAAUUGAAAAUUUACAAUUAUCCAACUUGGACCAAAAUGAAAUGAAUGAAUUAAAAAACCAAUUUUCAAAAUUCUAAUUGCGUGAAAAAUUUCUGAUGGUCGGACACAAAAAUCUAGUGAUUUUCAAAACAGAAUUGAAUCUUUGAUUUGGGAAAAAUAUUAUUAUGUUAUUAACAUAUAGUUAAAUAAAUUACUAUAAUACUAUAACAGUUAAAAAU